AUGCAGCCGAGCUCUCCCCUGGCUGGGCUCUCUCUGGGCCCCCAACAACUCGCGAAUCGACGUCAGAUCGUGCCUCUCCUAAGCAGCGAUGCCGUCGUGCCGCAGCCGUCGGCAGGCACGCCGGGGACAGUGCCGCGGAAAGCCGCCUACACCGCUAACCUUGAAGCGCAGGUGCGCGUCCUGGAGCAGGAGGUGCACCUCCUGCGCGCUGGACUGGAGCAGAACGAGAAACUGCGUCACGCCUCCGCAACUGCUGCGCCGCAGCUGCAACGCUCGUCAUCGUCGAAGCGAGUCCAUUUCGGCCCAUCAUCGGUCGUUGUGCUGUCCCAGCCAACGCGGUCGACGAGCGCGUCCUCCACGGUGGCCACGGAAGUAGACGGCCGUCCUCGCCUUGCGUUCGGGCAGCGUGUGAGCGCGACGCGCUCACGGAUCGCGACACACGGCCCUCCUCACGCGGAUACUCUGCAAUCGCGUCGCAUGGCAAGCCUCGGCAAACCCGCCCGUACGAGCACGCGGUCUGCAUCAGUGCCCUCGUCUUCUCCUGCACCAGCUACCUCCACCACCUCAGUAGACCUCUCGCCAGUCCCCGCCUCCCUGCGCGGGGGCAACGCCAGCGGCAUCCCUCUGCAAGGUGCCGCCACUGGUGGUACGCUCGUCACCCCCGUCACCGCGGACACGCAGCCCCCCGCCUCCUCGCUCGCCGGCCCCUCCUCUGCGUCUCCAGCGGCGGCGACGGUGUGGGCGUCGACUGACGCGAGCCUGCUCUGGCCACGCGCAGCAGCGGCCGCGACCGGCACUUUAGCGAGCGCGUCCGAUCUUUCCCGCUACCCAUUCCGGACCGCGACUACCUCCUCGCCGGCGGCAGCACCCACGCCAGUGAUUCCAGAACCACCUGUCACGAGUAGUACGCAGGUCGUCAGCACCGCUGCAUCACCCAUUGUAGUAGCGAUGAGCAGCGAGGGACAUCCCCUGACGUCCUUGCCGCAGCCGGCAAUGCCCGCUUCAGGCCCGGCAACUGAAGCGACGCCCUCCCCCGCUGCCGACAGCGCACUCGUCGCUGCCAACCCGCUUGUCCGUGCCACGGCGCCGCCUCCCUCUGUGAGUGCCACCGCUACACCCGCAGGGACUUCAGCAUCCUCAGCAGCGAGCUCCUCAGCAGCAGGGCUGGCCACAGUCGCACAGCUAGAAACAGAAAUACUGUCCCUGCGGGACGCGCUCGCGCAGCGAGAAGCCCUCUUGCACCGCGUGUUGCUGGAACUUCACGACCGAAACGGCAGCGGCGGCGCUCACCGUCAGAGCUCGCCGGCGAGAGGAGAGACGCCACCGCGUCACCGUCAAGGCACCGAUGCAGCCGUGGCGGCGCCGGGGGAGAGUGAGCGACAGCAGAGCCGGCGGGCCAUGCGGCUUUUGACCGAAGAGUUGUUUGCCGUGCAGACGCAGCUGAGCCACGCUCGAGCCUCGCAUCAGCUGGUCGUCGCUGAGCUUCAUACAUGUCGUCAGCAGGCUCAUCGAGCGCCGCCACCGCAGCAGCAGCGAGCAGCAGCAGCAGCACCAGAGAAGACUUCUCCUGCUGGGACGUCGCAACCGUCGUCAGGCCCUCUCCAAGCGCAACUCGACGUCGCUCUCAAGAAGCUGCAAGCGUGGGAGGACUGGUAUGCGACAAGCGCCACCGCAGCAGGAGACGAAGAUGCGGAUGCUACCGCAGGCAACAGCAACGCUAUCCCCAGCGCGAAGGAUGCAUUCUCUUCGUCUCGACAGCAGCCACCGUCGACGACGAACACGACAGAGCAGGCGGCUGGGGCAGCAGCGGCAACCAAAGGCCAUCACAGCAGGAAAGGCAGCCUCGAAAAAGAGAAGCGCGCGCAUAAGACGACAGCACCGGGCUGGUGUCCGCACUGCGGCUUCGCCCUGCCAGCAGCACCAUCAGUGUUGAACACGAGUGGCAGGGUCGGCAGUGGGGUUGUGCCGUGCGGCGUCGAGCUGCCUGGGCUCGCACCGGCAUCCGCCAUAUCCGACUUUCCAGCCCACUACGCAUCUCUGUCCUCCCCCUCUGCACUCUUACCGCAGAGGCCGCCUGCUGCGGCACCAUCAGCGCCGUGCGUGUCAGCAUACGCACUAGAUUCCGUCAUGUCCCACCACCUGACGAGCCAGUUCGGUGGCAGUGGCGUCGCGGCUAACGGCAGCGCUGGUGCGGUGCCAGAGGCGGCAAACAAGGUGUCAGGCGGGGCGGCAACCCCGCCGCCACCGCCGCCAGAGACAGCGUCGUCGCCGCCCUCUCCCGCGCAGGCUACUGACACCAAAGGCAAGUCGAGAAGUGCGCCUGUAUCAGCACAAGCGCACGCGGCCGCGGCGCAACAAAACAGUCGCACCGGUGCUUGUGGUGCGUCUUCGAUGUGGGCAGUGCCGAUAAGUGGGACCAGCAUCGCCGGCGUGGGUGGUGUCAGCGGAGGUGCUCGUGAGAGAACCAUGCAAACUGCGUUCAUGGGCGGCCGAGCGGCGAGCGACCCCUCUCUCUCCCCGUACUGCGACCGCCUCGACCAUGCGCAGCAGCAGGCCUACCGUGCUCAGCGGUAUGUCGCGCAGCUCGCCCGCGAAGCGGCGGUGCGGGAGCUCGCGGAGGUAGAGCGGCAGGUGGCAGAGCAGCGCCUCUCCUUCUGGAAGCAUCAUCAUUCAAGCGCACACGACCUGUCUGCCGCGUCACCAACUCCGCCUUCCCUCGCGCCAUGCUCCUCCACGCCAGAUGGGCCGCACAGUGCAGCAGUGGGCAAGCAAGAGGUUGUUGAGUGA